CAACAUGAUACCUUUUCGUCAAGCGAUCUAACUGUCCAUCACUCCAAUCUACAUUAGCAAAAUUGCUCCCCAAACUAAGAGAUGAAAGCCCGGAUCCCUCUUCGAAGGUUCGCCGGUGUCACGAGCGCUCCUGCAAGGCCUUUCUUUCUCCAACCGCAGACGAUCCCAUGGACAUGUCGAAGGUGUCUCCGGCAAAAACAAAAGCUUAUACAUUCUACAGAUGCGCGCGGAAAUUAUUCGACUGCUGUGUUCAGAACAAAGGCCUCUUCGUCGGGUGGAAGUCAUAAAAAGAGACCUCGGCGCGCGUUGAAAUAUGCUGCGGCGGGAGGCACACUGGGUGCCACAGCGCUUGCGUUUUCGGAUGAUAUAAAGCACGGGUACAAUGCUGCUGAGAGGACUGGAAGGGUUAUUACCGCACUGGCAGUGUGUAUUAACGAUUAUAGGGUAACCCUGAACCAAAACUCAGGCUCCGACGAGGAAAAAGCCGCGAUCCUUAAAGCCUGCCAUAAGCGAUGCGCCGAACGGACACUACGUGUGCUCGAAAAAAAUGGUUCAAUAUUCAUAAAGCUCGGACAACACUUGAGUAGUAUGGGUUAUUUGUUGCCGCUGGAGUGGACGACGACUUUCAUCCCUCUUCAGGACAAAUGUCCCGUUUCCUCGUAUGAAUCCGUUGAAGAGAUGUUCGUCAAAGAUACGGGACACAGGAUAGAUGAGCUAUUCUCUAGCUUUGAGAGGGAACCGAUAGGCGCGGCUUCCCUAGCGCAAGUGCAUAUUGCCGUGCUAAAGGAGAAUGGGCAAAAGGUUGCGGUCAAAGUCCAGCACCCUGCAUUGGCGGAAUGGGUUCCGCUGGAUUUGGCACUUACAAGAUUCACGUUCUCAAUGCUGAAAAAGUUCUUCCCGGAGUAUGACCUCGAGUGGUUAUCAAACGAAAUGGAUAUGUCGCUACCCCAGGAGUUAGAUUUUCGUAUGGAGGCGGAAAAUGCAAGGAGGGCGAGAGAAUACUUUGAGACGAGAACAAAAGCACCUUUAGUCAUCCCAGAAGUUAUGUGGGCAAAGGAACGAAUCCUCGUCAUGGACUUCAUUUCUGGGCAUCGACCCGAUGAUCUCGAGUACCUCGACUCCAAUAAAAUCGAUCGAGAUGAAGUCUCAGCGGCCCUCGCACACAUCUUCAAUGAAAUGAUAUUUGGCGAGGACGCACCUCUCCACUGUGACCCUCAUGGUGGAAACAUUGCUAUCCGCAAAAAUAAUUUACGGCGUAAGCCCAACUUUGAUAUUAUCCUCUAUGACCAUGGGCUCUAUCGUGACAUACCUAGAGAAACCCGAAGAGCCUACGCCAAACUAUGGCUUUCUAUCGUGGAAGCAGACGAGAAAGGAAUGCGAAAGUAUGCACAUGAGGUGGCUGGUAUAACGAAUGAUGAAUUCCCGCUUUUCGCCAGCGCCAUCACAGGCAGAGACUAUAGUGUUGUGGCAAGCAAGGCAAUCGCAUCUUCGAGAUCUGUCGACGAAAAGAAGGUUAUCUCCGACGCCAUGGGCGACGGAAUGCUACAGGACCUGGUCACUUUGCUGGGCAAAGUACCGCGGAUCAUUCUAUUAAUCCUUAAGACAAAUGAUCUAACUCGAUCCCUCGAUGAAAACCUACAUACUCGUCACGGCCCUCUGCGUGCAUUUCUUAUCCUCGCUCGCUAUGCGACAUGUACCGUCUUCGAGGAACAGAUGGAAUCCAUUCGCCAACACGGUAGCAUUUUUUGGCCACGUAACUUCCUGCAAUUUAUCCGUGCAUGGGCGUCAUACCUUCGCGUGGAAAUGAAAUUGGGAAUAUAUGAGCGGUGGCUGUCGGUGAGAGGGAGAUUAGGGCUGGCAAACCAGCUUCUCUAGAUUUAUUAAACCUUUUCUACAUAGAUAACUGCGGCGUCCCCUCGACCCUUUUCGACAUUUCUUUUUCGCUGUUAAACUCUGAUUUUCGUUUAAUAGACAUGCCCCGUUUGCAUAUAUAUUUUACGUGUCUAUUAAUAGAUAUAG